CACUGGUCGAGCCCGUAUCGGCCUAUGCAACAUCAACAGCAGCAUGAGCAUAAGGAUAGAGGAUAUGGUCAUCUCCCACUACUACCCCCAACCAGCGUUUAUGCUGCUGCAGUUGGAAUGAUGAUGUCAACGGCAGCUAGUGCCUUUUACGUAAAUAAACCUCCCAAUUUGCCCUUAGCAAGUUUGAGAGGUAGUGGUAGUAGUCAUAUACUACAUACUGCUGCACCUAGUAUGGCUACAUAUCUAGGUCAAUGCUUGACCUUAGGACAGCUACACACUCUUGCUGGCGCUGCAGCGUCGUUCGUAGCAUUGAUAUCAUCAUACCCGUUGGAUUUGAUGAAAAAUAGAGUCGCUUCUGCAUCGCUGUAUAAAUCCCCUUUGGACUGUAUGAGGAUAACAUGGAAAAAUGAAGGCUUUCGAGGUUUUUACAAGGGAGUGUCAUCUCCUAUGAUUGGUGACGUCGCGAUAGGGAUGACAGCAUUCGGUGUAUACGGUUAUAUGAGCACAUGGCUCAAGCAGCGGGAGGGCCACUCGUUAGGCCCAGCUAAAACGGCUGCGAUUUCUGGUGGGACUGCGGGUCUUGCGGCUGCUGUUAUCGGCUGUCCUUUUGAGGUGGUGAAACUCCAACUCCAGAUGCAGUAUGUGCGAGGACUGAGUGCUUCGAUAAAUGUGGCUUCAUCUCAAUACACUUCGGUGGUUAACCAUGCCGUCGCUAUUCGUCGGGCAGAGCAUCUUGGUACUGUUUAUGGUGGUCUCAUUGACUGUACCAAACAAGUCGUCGGUUCUCGAGCUUAUAAUAUGGGGCUUACUGCUAUGUGCAUGCGUAAUGUGGUGGGAUGGAGUAUGUCAUAUCCUACGUUUGAGUAUUCACGGAGUAGAUUUGCAGAGUACAUGUACGGCGACUGUAGUGAAAAGUACAUAGCAAAGUUGCCAACAUGGUCUCUAAUGCUUUCUGGUGGAAUCAGUGGAUCAAUAUUCUGGGCUGCGGUAUUCCCUAUGGAUGUUAUCAAGGCGAACAUGCAGGGACAGAAAAUCAAUGAGCGUACCUGGGCAUGUGUGCGUAACUGCGUCGGCGACCUUUACAAAGCUGGUGGGCUCGGACGUUUUUAUAAAGGCUUGAGUGCAGCGAUUCUCCGGGCAUUUCCGCACAACGCUGUGGCGUACUCUGUAUAUGCUUUGGUGGUGACUGCACUUACUGCACCACAGCCUUCUGCGACUGAGUAGCGCCUCAGGCGAAAUUGUGCCAAGCUGGCAGAAUAAUUGUAGUCGCAGCGGUAGCAUAAACAUUUGACUUUUUAGAUAAUACACAGAACAAGGAAUUUUUCCCGCUUAGUUGUUUCUGCUCAGCUGCGACUCUCUGCCUCCUCAUACUUUUUCGCCUCCAGCGGUCCUUGGUGAAUUUUAUGGCGCGCGGUAGUUCCCUGCUGAUGCUUUGGUCGCAGUUCCCGUUGUGAAAAGUGUCCACUGAAAUUCCGUCCGCUCCGGUGGAUGGUUUGUUCUCGAAAGUCUUGAAAAAUCACCUAAGACUUACCUGUGCCUAUAAUGGGCGUUGAGGAAAUGCAAGUUUAAGCAAGAUUGCAAGAUGCUGCUACUUGGGUGGUUACAAUAAGGCGUAGCAGCCCUUGGUUGUAAAGACCUUAUCGAUCUUUGGUGCUGCUCUGAAUAUAAUUUCUCAUAUACUGCUCGUGAGUCAUUAUAGUACUGCUUGUCUAGCACAGUCCCUCGUAAUGAUACGUAUAUGGGGGCCAACUUGUUGUUGUUGUCAUCAUAGUAGUCUACUGAUCUGUUCUCGUCAUUGAGCUCCACGCUGAUGUUAUAAAGAGUCGUAACAUAGUCCUUAG